AUGGACGCUGACAUAAAGACCAACUCUAGUCUUAAGACCCCAGAGACCAUUACAGUCCUAUACAAGCUGACCAGCGAUGCCGAGCCUCUGAUCUUGUGCGAAGCCUUUCCAAAGGGUGUUGCCAUGACCUUCUCGACCAACUGGAAGAUCGACUUCCCACCUGUGAACAAGAUGAGCGUGGCUGAGCUUCAGAAACCAGCAAAGAAAUCAGUGACCAUUGUGGGUGGACGGUUCAACAUUCACAAGGACAUUAUCGGUUGGAUGUUAUCAUGCUGCGACGGAAGAGGCAUGCAGCAGUUCCCACAGCCUAAGCGCAAGACCUUCACAUACCUGUAUCAUGCUCGGACCUGUGCUGCCAUCAUCGGAUGCGAGUACCUUGGGCAGGAAGUGACCAGAUCUAUGCAACGAAUUGCAAAUGCUCAAAUCCACUCUGAAGAUGUGCGAGCACUAUACCUCCUCGACCCUCCUGACGCCGAGAUGAAGAAGUUCCUCGCCGAGCAUGUCGCGGUCCGGAUCUGGGAGAAGAGACUCAAGGCAAAAGGGGCAUACGCGACACUGAGGGAGGAACUACCAGAAUUCAAUAAGGCAAUUGACGAGAUUCUGGAUGCGAAAAAGGCGGCAAGACAGGCAGAGAAGGACGCUUUGGUGCAGGCAGGCACCAAACCAACAACAACACCUCCUCGUCGUCGUCAGCAGAACUGGCGCUCCCCUAGAGCACCAGGCAGCCAAGCGAACAUGGGACAGAAGAAGGCGCCAGAGCCAAAGGAACCAAAAGUCAAGACUGUGACGAUGAAGGCAGAGGUUGUCCGGCGUGCAUCACAAGGGCGGCCGACAUUCGCACGUUUGGACCUGGGGGCAAUGGGAGUGACCAAGGAUGCGUUUUGUGGUCUGAAGUAG